UUGCCCGUUGACGUCACUCCAUUUUACUCCCAGCGUACCCUGCUGCAGCCAUCAUCUUGAAGUUCAGAGCAAGAUGGCGGAUAAACCAGUUGCCCUGGCCCAGAAGAGGCUUUUGGAUGUCAAGCUUGGUCAACUGCCAUCAUGGCUCGGAACAAGAGACUUCACCCCGAACGGACUUAUUGGUGGAGUUCGUGGAGGCUAUGAGAGAUAUUACAACAAAUACAUCAAUGUGAAGAAAGGAGGUAUUGGUGGAGUUGCCAUGUUCCUUGCUGGUUACAUUGCCCUGAGCUACCUCUGGGAAUACGAUCACAUCAAGCACGACAGGUGGAGGAAGUACCACUAAAACAAAUCUUUCGUCUGCAGCAGUGUCGCCACACCUCUCAGCUUUCUGUGUUUGACUCUUGUGACCAAGAAUAAAAUGACAUUUAUUUAA